GAACCCGAUGAGCUUACCGAAGAUGUAACUAAAUACAUUCUCGUAUAUUACAAUCAGACUGACAAGAUAAUGGCAAUUCGUAUAGAUCCAACAUCAAAAUAUAUUCGAGGGAUAACGAGUGACAAGCCAUCCUUUACACUUAUGAUGAGGAACGUGACAUAUUUAAAAUUAACUUUGUAG